AUGAUCCUGAAGCCAAUUCCGCCGAGUAUCGCUGGAAACGGGCAACCUCCGGCUUUGCAGCGAAGGGAUCUGUCGUCAGAGUGGGCGGUGCGAACGCCUUGUUUCGGGGAACUCCGGAACGGCAGCUGGUCGACCCGCUCGGCGCUGCAUCCGGGAGUCGCGCCUCUCGGGUUUUGCUCGGCCACCCGCCGCUCGCCGCCUCACAAGAGUCCCGACGCCGCCACUCGGAGCCGCGGAUCCGCCGUCCGGACGAUGGCCAGCGGGAAGCUGCUGCGUUUCCAAUUCCCCGAGCACGAAGGCGAGACCUUGCAGCGGAUGAACCAGCUGCGGAUGGAGGAAUGGUUUUGCGACGUGACCAUCGUGGUGGGCGGCCUGCGUUUCCCGGGGCACCGGGUGGUGCUGGCGGCCUGCUCUCCGUUCCUGCGGGACCGCUUCCACAUGGACCCGUCGCGGGAGGUGCAGGUGUGCCCCAUGGCCGGUGCCGAGGUGGUGCUGCGGCUCCUGCUCUCCUGCUACACCGGCUCGCUGGAGUUCCCGUUCCGUGACAUCGUGGACUACCUGGCAGCCGCCAGUUGCCUACAGAUGGAGCACGUGGUGGAGAAGUGCCGCCAGUCGCUCUCGCCCUGCGUGGCCUCGGUGCUGACCGAGGAGGGUGACGGCCGCCCCGCCACCCCGCAGAUCGCCUCCUCCUCCUCCGGCCGGGCGCCAGACGCGUGGCCGGGGCCUGAGGGCGGCGUGAAGCAGGAGAACGGGAGGCAGGGGUGUGCCCAGGCACCUCUGGCCGCUCCCUCGGAACCCGAGCCCCGCAUCCACUCCACGAUGGGGCCGGCCGGGGCCGGAGGGGCCGGGGGAGGAGGAGGAGGAGGAGGGAUGCAGGAGGAUGAGUCGUCCGCCGGCCCCACUGAUGACCUCCCGGAGGAGGACUACGGGAGCCCGGCCAGCGAGGGGCCGCAGCAGGGCGCUGAGAAGCCGGCGGUGCAGCAGCCACCCAGCCCUGAGGGCCCUGGGGCCGAGCCGGCCUCCUGCUCCGAGUGCGGGGCCGCCUUCGAGCAGCGGGAGCACCUGGCCGCCCACAUGGUCAAGCACCGGCUCUACUUGUGCCUCCUGUGCGACAAGGUCUUCCGGAAGAACGCCCGGCUGGCGCAGCACAUCAACGUGCACACCGGCUUCAAGCCGCACUGCUGCACCGUCUGCGGCCGCACCUUCACGCAGAAACGCUCGCUGAAGGACCACAUGAACUUGCACAAUGGCGACGCGCCCCACUGCUGCAGCUACUGCGACAUGCGUUUCACCCACUACAAUACGCUGCGCGUCCACCUGCGCGACCAGCACGGCAAGACCACCACCGGCAACUCCAGCGGCAGCCGGCUGGCCGAGAUCAAGGUGGUGGUGCCCUAGGGCGGGCGGGUGAGCGAGGCCUCGGGGCAGUCAGUCAGUCUCGCUCGCCCAGACACCGCCACGGACAAUCGUCGUACGUGCUCCCCACCCCCGGGAGUUCACCCAGAGUUUCCCCUGGCACUCCCCGCCGGCUUUCUAGAUGCCCUCCCUCCUGAAUGAGAUCAUGGGCCAUAGACACAGAACAAUACCAGACAGGAACAGGCCCUUCAGCGCACAGUCGUGUGCCAAACUAAACUAAUCCCUUCUGCCUACACAGUGUCCAUAUCCCUCCAUUCCCCUCACAUUCAUGUGCCUAUCUACACGUCUCUAAUGGAUCUGCCUCUCCCACCACCCCAGGCACCCACCACUCUCUGUGUAAAAUACAACACUUGCCCUUCACAUCUCCUUUCAAGUUACCCCCACUCACCUUAAAAGUGGGGUCUGACCAGGCUUCUGUAUAGCUGUGACAUUACCUUUCGGCUUAUGAACUCAAUCCCACGAUUGAUGAAGGCCAAUGCACCGUAUGCCUUCUUAACCACAGAGUCAACCUGCAUAGCAGCUUUGAGUGUCCUAUGGACUAGGACCCCAAGAUCCCUCUGAUCCUCCACACUGCCAAGGGUCUUACCAUUAAUACUAUAUUCUGCCAUCAUAUUUGACCUACCAAAAUGAAUCACCUCACACUUAUCGGGGUUGAAAUCCAUCUGCCACUUCUCAGCCCAGUUUUGCAUUCUAUCAAUAUCCUGUUGUAACCUCUGACAGCCCCUCCACACUAUCCACAAUACCCUCAACCUUUGUGUCAUCAGCAAAUUUACUAACCCAUCCCUCAUCGAGGUAAUUUAUGAAAAUCACGAAGAGAAGGGGUCCCAGAACAGAUCCCUGAGGCAUACCGCUGGUCACCGACCUCCAUGCAGAAUAUGACCCGUCCACAACCACUCUUUGCCUUCUGUGGGCAAGCCAGUUCUGGAUCCACAAAGCAAUGUCUCCUUGGAUCCCAUGCCUCCUCAUUUUCUGAAUAAGCCUGGCAUGGGGUACCUUAUCAAAUGCCUUGCUGAAAUCCAUAUACACUACAGCUACUGCUCUUCCUUCAUCAAUGUGUUUAGUCACAUCCUCAAAAAAUUCAAUCGGGCUUGUAAGGCACGACCUGCCUUUAACAAAGCUAUGCUGACUAUUCCAAAUCAUAUUAUACCUCACUAAAUGUUCAUAAAUCCUGCCUCUCAGGAUCUUCUCCAUCAACUUAGCAACCACUGAAGUAAGACUCACUGGUCUAUAAUUUCCUGGGCUAUCUCUACUCCCUUUCUUGAAUAUGGGAAUGACAUCUGCAACCCUCCAAUCCUCCGGAACCUCUCCCGUCCCCAUUGAUAAUCCAAGGAUCAUUGCCAGAGUCUCAGCAAUCUCCCCCCUCACCUCCCACAGUAGCCUGCGUUAUAUCUCGUCCGGUCCUGGUGACUUAUCCAACUUGAUGCUUUCCAAAAGCUCCAGCACAUCCUCUUUCUUUAUGUCUAUAUGCUCAAGUUUUUCAAGUCAUCCCUACAAUCACGAAGAUCAUUUUCCGUAGUGAAUACUAAAGCAAAGUACCUCCAUUAUCUCCUCCGGUUCCAUGCACACUUUUCCACUGUCAAACCUGAUUGGUCCUAUUCUCUCACAUCUUAUCCUCUUGCUCUUCACAUACUUGUCGAAUGCCUUGGGGUUUUCCUUAAUCCUAUCAGCCAAGGCCUUCUCAUGGCCCCUUCUGGCUCUCCUUCCUGCUAGCUUUAUAAUUUUCUAGAUCUCUGUCAUUACCUAGUUUUUUGAACCUUUUGUAAGCUUUUCUUCUUGACUAGAUGUACAACAGCCUUUGUACACCACGGUUCCUGUACCCUACCAUCCUUUCCCUGUCUCAUUGGAAUGUACCAUGCAGAACUCCACACAAAUAUCCCCUGACCGUUUGCCACAUUUCUGCUGUACAUUUCCCUGAGGAUAUCGGUUCCCAAUUUAUGCUUCCAGGUUCCUGCCUGAUAAGUUCAUAUUUCCCCUUACUCCAGUUAAACACUUUCCUAACUGGUCUGUUCCUAUCCCUCUCCAAUGCUAUGGUAAAGGAGAUAGAAUUAUGAUCACUAUCUCCAAAAUGUUCUCCCACUGAGAGACCUGACACCUGACCAGGUUCAUUUCCCAAUACCAGAUCAAGUACAGCCUCUCCUCUUAUCUACAUAUUGUGUCUGGAAACCUUCCUGAACACACCUAACAAACUACACCCCAUCUAAACCCCUUGCUCUAUAUCAGUAGGGGAAAUCUCCCACCACGACAACCGUAUUAUUAUUGCAUCUUUCCAGAAUCUGUCUCCCUAUCUGCUCCUCGAUGUCCCUGUUACUAUUGGGUGGUCUAUAAAAAACACCCAGUAGAGUUAUUGACCCCUUCCUGUUCCUAACUUCCACCAACGGAGACUCCGUAGACAAUCCCUCCAUGACUUCCUCCUGUUCUGCAGUCGUUACACUAUCUCUGAUCAGCAGUGCCACACCUUCACCUCUUUUGCCUCCCUCCCUGUCCUUUCUGAAACAUCUAAAGCCUGGCACUUGAAGUAACCAUUCCUGCCCCUGCACCGUCCAAGUCUCUGUAAUGGCCACAACAUCAUAGCUCCAAGUGCUGAUCCACACUCUAAGCUCUUCUGCUUUGUUCACAAUACUCCUCGCAUUAAAAUAGACACAUCUCAACUCAUCAGUCUGAGCACGUCCCUUCUCUAUCACCUGCCUAUCCUCCCUUUCACACUGUUUCCAAGCUUUCUCUGUUUGUGAGCCAACCUCCCUUUCCUCCAUGGACGUAUCUAAAAAACUUCGCCCCAUCUAAACCCCUCACUCUGGGGAGAUGCCAAUCAAUAUUUGGGAAAUUAAAAUCUCCCACCAAAGCAACCCUGUUAUUAUUACACCUUUCCAGAAUCUGCCUCCCAAUCUGCUCCUCGAUGGCCUGUUACUAUUAGGUGGUCUGUAAAAAACACCCAGUGAGUUAUUGACCCCCUGCUGUUCCUAACCUGCACCCACGGAGACCCCGUAGACAAUCCCUCCAUGGCGUCCACCUUUUUUGCAGCUGUUACACUAUCUCUGAUCACCAGUGCCAUGCCCCCCACCUCUUUUGCCUCCCUCCCUGUCUUUCUGAAAUUAAAGCCUGGCACACUAAGUAGCCAUUCCUGCCCCUGAGCCAUCCAAGUCUCUGUAAUGGCCACAUUAUCAUAGCUCUAAGUACUGAUCCACGCUUUAAGCUCAUCCGCUUUGUUCAUGAUAUUUCUUGCAUUAAAAUAGACACAUCUCAAACCCUCGGUCUGAGCAAGUCCCUUCUCUAUCACCUGCCUAUCCUCCCUCCCACAUUGUCUACAAGCAUUCUCGAUUUGUGAGCCAACCGCCUCUUCAGUUCGGUUCCCACCCCCCAGUGAUUCUAGUUUAGAUUCUCCCCAAUAGCCUUAGCAAACCUCCCUGCCAGGAUAUUGGUCCCCCUCGGAUUCAAGUGCAACCCAUUCUUUUUGUACAGGUCAUUCCUGACCUAAAUGAGGUCCCAAUGAUCCAGAAAUCUGAAUCCCUACCCCCUACUCUAAUCCCUCAGCCACGCAUUUAUCCUCCACCUCACUCGAUUCCUAUACUCACUGUUGCGUGGCACAGGCAGUAAUCCCGAGAUUACUACCUUUUCAGGAGCCUAUGUCGUUGGUACCAAUAUGUACCACAACCUCUGACUGUUCUCCUUCCCACUUCAGGAUGUCGUGGACCCGAUCAGAAACAUCCCGGACCCUGGCACCUGGGAGGUAAACUACCAUCUGCGUUUCUUUCCUGCGUCCACAGAAUCGCCUGUCUGCCCCUCUAACUAUAGAGUCCCCUAUCACUGCUGACAUCCUCUUCUUUUUCCUACCCUUCGAAGCCACAGGGCCAGACUCUGUGCCAGAGGCACGGCCACUGUUGCUUCCCCCCAAAAGUACUCAAACAGGAGUACUUAUUGUUAAGGAGGACAGUCACAGGGGUACUCUCUAGUAUCUGACUCUUGCUCUUCCCUCUCCUGACUGUUACCCAUUUAACUGUCUCCCGAGGCCCCGGUGUGACUACUUGCCUAUAGCUCCUCUCUAUCACCUCCUCACUCUCCCUGACCAGACAAAGGUCUUCGAGGUGCAUCUCCAUGCCCCUAACCCGGUCCCUCAGAAGCUGCAGCUCGACACAUCUAUCCCUAUCCUUCACAAGUAACUUGCCUCGCCUUGACCCGUUAUUGCCGAAGCCCUGUUGAGCCAAAGCCCUCCUACUCUGUCGCAAGUGUCUUCUUUUUAAGCUCUUCCCGCUGGUCUAACUCUCUCCCAUCCACGGGCCUUCGGCAGUCACUCCUCGAUUAAAUCAAAUCUCACCUGUAAGGCCGUGAGUACUCUGCUCUCUCCGUGCCGUGUCUGAUCACAUGCUGCCCGCCACUUUGCCUUGUUUACCGUGGAUUUGACGUGACCCUUUAGGUCCAUGGUAAACUAAAUAGCCUCUUCAAUCCCCUGUAAAUUGUUGAACUUCCCACCCAGUGCUGAUCUAAUCCCCAUUGGAAAACUCCUGAGUGGUUCUGACUCCACCCCGAAUUCCCUGUGAAUUAUUCAACUUCCCAACCAGUGCAGAUCCAAUUCCCUGUCUGGUUCUGUCUCCACCCACACAGACAGUGAGUCCCAGACCAUCCCCACUCUAUGGGUAGAAAUUUUUCCCCUCACACUCUACCCCUCCCCCAAAUUAUCCUUCACCCUUCUCUGUAAAUCUGCACCCCUGGUCUGUGAACCAGGGCGAAUGGCAACAACUUCUCUGAUCUCCUCCACCCAGUCUCCUUCUCACUUCUCCCUCCAAGGGCAACAACCCUGGCUUCUCACUUCUCCGCCCCUCUCUGGUACUCCUGCCCCGCACUGUCUCCAGGACCCCCACCUCCCCUCCUGGUUUUGGAUUUCUCGACAGGGAUCAAUGCACUCCCUCCUGCCUCACCUGGUCGAAUUGACCUUUGCUGUGCCUGUUCUGUGAAGUGCAUGGCCUGCAACUCUUUCAAUUCUUCACUUUCCUGCUGCAUGUCUGUUAGUACGUCAAUGAACCAGAUUUCUUGCCAGAUCCACAGCUGGCUUCCUCCUGCCGGCACCUGGUUCCACCCCUGACAAGUUUACGUCACACACACCUCGUGUAACCCGCCAUCACAUCUCGUUAUAUUACUUUGUUGUUCAAAAACAGUUGCUGUGUUGUCUUCCCCUACCCCUUUCAGACGAGACCAGACUUAACCAAAUAAAAUGACGUUUUUCUAAAACUCUGUGCUCCGUUCGAUCUCGUCCAUGGAAUCCCACAGAUGGCAGAAAGCCGAAAUAAAGGGGUAAAUAUUGGAGAGUCCGAGAGGCCAAGAGGUAUCUGUUGAGUCAACAUUACAGGUCAAUGAAAGGAGUAACGUUAAAGUGGCCACUCACCUCCGUUCGGAGCCCGAAACAGUCCUUCCAGGUGAGGCAACACUUAACCUGCAAAUCUGCUGGGGUUGUCUAUUGUUUCCAGUGCUCCUGAUGUGGCCCGCUGCACAUUCCAGAGACCCAUCAUAGAGUACCUCCGCUCCAUCCGCCAGAGCAGAAUCUACCGGUGGCCCAACAUUUUAAUUCCAAUUCCCAUUUCAAUUCCGACAUGUCAGUUCCUGGCCUCCUCUUGUGCCACGAUGAAGCCACUCUCAGGGUGGGGAAGCAAUACUUUACGCUCCAUCUGGGUAGCCUCCGGCCUGAUGACGUGACUAUCGAUUUCUCCUGCCGAUAACAAAAACUUCCCUCCCCCUCCCCUCUUCUUCCAUGUCGUACUGCCCCGUCUUCUGCAUCGACUGACGGCACCAAUGCAACACCCAUGGUCAACCCCAACCAAUGAAUGAAUGGAUGGCCUCCUAAUAAACUAGACAGAAUUCAAAGGAGGACUUUGCCUGGACUCGGGGGCCUGAGUUCCAAGGACAGUCUGUGUAGACUAGGACUUUAUUCGCUGGAAUAUAUGAGAUUGAGGGGUGACCUGAUAGAGAUUUUGAGGGGGCAUAGGCAGGGUGAAAGCACAUAGUCUUUUUUCCCCAGGAGGGGUGCAAAACAAGAGGACACAGGUUUAAGGUCAGAGAUCCACAAGGGACGUCAGGGACAGCUUCUUCACACAAAGAUUACAGAAUGUUUGGAAUGAGCUGCCCGAAACAGUGGUUCAGAUGGGCACACGAGCAACAUUUCAAAGCCACCUGGACAAAUCAUGGAAUCAUGGAGAGAUGUUCAGACGGCUAGGGGCCAAACGUGGGCUGGUGGGACUUGCUCACUGGACAACAUAGUUGGAGUGGAUGAGUUGGGUUGAAUGGCUUGUUUCUGUCAGCAGCAGAGAGAUCCGGCUUUGGAGAUGAUAGUGCAGUAACACACACACUAAAUGCUGGAGGACCUCAAGGUUCUUCAUCAGGACUGGAAAGGAAAGGGACAGAAGUCAGAAUGAGAAGGAAGGGGAGGGUGAUUGAUGAAACCAGGUGAGCAGGAAGAUGGGUACUUGGGGAGGGGAUGAUGUAAGAAGAUGGGAGGAGGAAGGAGGAAAGGGUGAAGGGCUGAAGGAGGAGGAAUCUGAUAGAAGAGAAAGAGUAGACCACGGGAGAAAGGGGGAGGAGGAGGGGAAACAGGGAAGUGAUGGGUAGGUGAGGAGAAGGGGUGAGAGGGAGUCAGAAUGGGGAAUGGAAAAAGAAAGAAAGAGGGAAGGGAGAGAAAUCACAGGAAGUUAAAGAAAUUGAUAAUCAGGUUGGAGUCACCCAGACGUAAUAUGAGGUUGUGCUCCUCCAACCUAAUGGAGGCCAGGGACUGACGUGUCGGAAUACGAAUGGGAAGUGGAAUUGAGUUGGGUGGCCACUGAGAUUCCGCCGAUUGUGGCGGAGAACGUGAAGGUGCUUGACAAAAGCGGCCCCUCAAUCGACACUGGGUUUCACGAUGUGCCGGAGGCCGCGCUUGAAGAACCGGAUACAGUAGAUGACACUGACCGACUCGCAGGUGAGGUGUUGCCUCACUCUGAAUGGAGGUGAGGGAGGAAGUAAAUGGGCAGGUUUCAGAGCUAAGUUCCAGGAGGGAGGUAGAGUUAAAGGAGUCACGUAGAGACAUCUCCACAGAGAGCAGAGGUGGUUGGGGCGGGGAAGAUGUGCUUAUUGACAGGAUUUGUUGUGAGGUCAAGAGUUGUGGACAAUGAUUCCUGGAGACAGAGGCUCAUGGGAUGGUCGAUGGGAACAAGGGAACUCCUAUCCCUAUUAAGGUGGUGGGAAGAUGGGGCUUGUUCAGGGAAUGGAGGAAAUGAGGGUGGGGGGCAGCAUCAAUAGUGGAAGAGGGGAAAGACUGUUCUUUGAAGGAGGAGGACAUCUCCAAUGUCCUGGAGAAGAAAGUUGUGUCCUGGGAACAGAUGUGGUGGAGACGGAGGAACUGAGAAUAGGGAAUAGCAUGUUUUACAAGUGACAGGGUGAGAAGCAGUAGCAAAGCAGCAGUGCGAGUCAGCAGAUUUGUCAGAGGUAUCAGUGGACAGUCUCCAGAGAAGGAGGCAGAGAGAGGGGUCAGAGAUGGACAAAGUAAAUUUGAGGGAAGGGUGGAAGUUGCAGGAAGUUAGCACCCUUCAAUCAUCGGGCAGGAGGUCUAGUAGCCUCAGGUCCCACAACUCCAGGUUCAGGACAACCAUCAAUCACCUGAACCACUGUGGACAACUUUACAACCUAGAAACUGACGCUCAAGGACUCGUUACAACUUAUGCUCGCUGCACAAUUUGUCUUUUUCCACACCGGUUGCUGUCAGUCUUUGUUAAUGUGUAGUUUUCCCUUGCAUUUUACUUUGUUUAAUAUUUUAAAAUAUGCCUACAGGAAAAUGGAUUUCAGGGUAGUAUAUUGUGACAUAUGUGUACAUUGAUAAUAAAUUUACUUUGAAUUUGAUUAAAUUGACGGGCUCAGCGUGGGAGCAGGACAGAGCAUCAAGGCAGCCGUCAAGUUCACGUUCAAGUUAAUUUUCAUCGUCAUUGUGUGCCGUGUCGUAUGAUGUGGCAAAGCACAAAUGACACACAGCACAUAUAGAAACAGUACCACAAAUCAGGCAGUAGAAGAUGGAAUGCGCGCACAGACAAAGCGUAAACAACCGGCUGCCCCAGUGACGAGACCUCGAUGGUGGCUGCGUAUUCAUUAAUCUCAAGGCCUGAGGAGGGAAAUUACCAAGUCUGGUAGU